GAACCGGCGGAGAAGAUGGCGGACGAGGGCGGCGGCGGCGGCGCCGGGUCCGGUUUUCAUAUACCCACGAGCCUGGCGGAGGUAGCGAGCUCGCUGGGCAUUUCGGAGCAGGCGCUGCGCCUCAUGGUGUCCAUUUUCAUGGGAUACCCUUUUGCCUUGUUCCAGCGCUAUUUCCUUUUCCAGAAAAAGCUCUACCUCAUACACCUGUACAACACGCUAACGGGGCUCUUGGUUGCCUACUUCAACUUUGGGCCACAGUUCUGUCACUCCCUGAUAUGUGUCUUCGUUCAGUUUCUCAUACUGAGGCUCAUGGGCCGCACAGUCACUGCCGUCUGCACUUCCUUCUGCUUUCAGAUGCUAUAUCUGAUGGCUGGCUAUUUCUUCACUGCCACAGAGAGCUAUGACAUCAAAUGGACCAUGCCACACUGUGUUUUGACUCUCAAGCUGAUUGGUUUGGUCAUUGAUUACUAUGAUGGCAGAAAGGAAGUGCAGGCUCUCACUCCUGAACAACAAAAGUUUGCUGUUCGGGGUGUUCCUACUUUACUGGAAGUCACUGGCUUUGUGUAUUUCUAUGGUGCCUUCAUGGUGGGGCCACAGUUCUCCAUGACACAAUAUCUUAAGCUGACAAGAGGCGAGUUGACUGACGUUCCAGGCAAAAGACCCAACAGCUUUUUGCCUGCCCUUCAGCGCCUGGGCUUGGGCCUCUUCUUCAUGGUAGUCUACACUGUCGUGUCCCCAUACAUCCCUGAGGAAUACCUUGUCUCGGAUGCUUACCUGGAGCAGCCUUUCUGGUUCCGCUGCGUUUAUAUAUUGAUUUGGGGCAAGACGAUGCUCUAUAAAUAUGUUACCUGCUGGCUGGUCACGGAAGGAGUCUGCAUCAUCACGGGACUUGGCUACAAUGGAAAGGAUGAAAAGGGGAGGCCAAAGUGGGAUGCUUGUUGCAACAUGAAAGUCUGGCUAUUCGAGACAACCCCUUAUUUUACAGGCACCAUUGCCUCCUUCAACAUUAACACCAAUGCCUGGGUGGCUCGCUACAUUUAUAAACGGUUGAAAUUCCUGGGGAACAAGUUACUAUCUCAAGCAACGGCCUUGUUUUUCCUGGCUCUCUGGCAUGGUCUGCACUGUGGAUACUUGGUGUGCUUCCAAAUGGAGUUCCUCAUUGUCAUCGUUGAGAGACAGCUUAUUGACCUGGUACAUGACAGUCCACCUCUGGCUGCCUUGGCCUCGACCACUAUCUUGCGGCCUUUCUUCUACGUGAUUCAGCAAGCUCUCCACUGGAUGUUCAUGGGAUAUUCUCUGGUGCCAUUUUGCCUCUUCAGUUUGGAAAAGUGGCUCAAGGUAUACAAGUCUAUUUAUUUUGUAGGCCAUGUGGUGUUCUUCACAUUACUGUUUGCAUUGCCUUACGUGCGGAAAGUACUUGUGCCACGAAAAGAAAAGUUAAAGAAAGCUGAGUAACAACCAAAAGAUUGUACCAUGUGUGCAUUUAUUAUGGGGAUGGUAGAAGCAUCACCUGCCAAACUUGCUGCGGUCAAACCCAUGCAGAGUGACAUUGGGAAAAGAGCACAGGGGCGAAGACCCCAGAAUGAGGGGGACUGGCUGCAAACUUCCUCCCCACUUCUACAGGUUGCCUUAUCUCUCAACUUCUCCCUACGGACACUCCAGUCUCUGGAAAUGUCAGAUGAUUGUAAAGCACUUGACGCAGCUGCCAUCUAGGAAUGGAGCCACCGCCUGACUUUUUCUACUUUCCAAUUCUGUUAGAUAAAAUUGGUCCCAGUUGGUUUUUCA